CCCCCGCUCCUCCGCCUUUCUCUCCCUCAGCCCGCCGCUUUAAUACCCAAAACAAUUUUUUUAAAAAAGGAUUUGUUUCAAUUUAUGACCAAAUUACCCCUCUCGUCAUUUUCCACAAAAGAAAAAUUGAACUCUCAAGAGUGACGUUCGGCCCGCUCUCUCUUCAUUCUCUGUCAUCCUCUCCUUAUUACUUUCUAUCACUGUUCUCAGACUACACUUACACUCCCCGUCGCCGUUAACUCCUUUUCUCUACCCGUCAAAACUUCUUUUUCCCACCGCCGGCAGUUUAUGCCGUCACAACCCCCCGUAAUAGUUGUGAGUGGAUUUAGUUCCACUGUUUUUUCUUUUUUCUCCCAUUCAUAUUUCACUUUCAAGGGCGAAUCACAGCAGUCAAUCUGACUUUGCGAAGGCUAGAAACCUUGUUGGCAUCUGGGGCAUUGAUAGAGUUUCAAACCAGCAGGUUCAUUGUGAUCUCUUCCUUGUUAGAACUGCCUAUAAAGACCAGGAUCAAGAAGCACUGCUUUACAUGAAAGUACAGAUUGCAAUUUUAGUUUGAGACACAGAUGAAGAAGUUAUUCUUUUUCAGAUCUUCUUCCUCUAAUAAUGAAAACAACAAUUCUGGUUCUCUUCCAUCAACUGAUAAACAAGUUUACUGGGAGAUGCCAUUGGAAAAUGAGUUGAAUAGCCAUGGUAAGGCUGAGAAUGGUUUCCGAAGUCCAAAGGGCUUUUUUUCAAAAUCUCGAAAGCAAGUCUAUGACAAUUCAAGCUCCAGCUCCAGUUCAUUUCUCAGAAGGAGUCGGUCAAUGUCAUCAGCUGCCUUUACUGUUGAUGAACCGCAAAACGAUUUUUCUUGCAUAGGUGAUCAAAGCAGAUCUCCUGCUAGUAGCAUCAGUAGUGCUGCUUAUCAGCAACGUGAACAUCCAUCUGGGAGGCGGUCUAUUACUCCAGAAAGACGAGCCAAACCAAAGCGAAUUGAAGUGGCCACAACUAUUCAAAAGUCGCAUGGACAAGAGAGGCCUGGUUCUUCUAGUUCUUCUAAAUCUCAUCAUGAUUCAUCUGGAAGCUCUUCCUCCAGUAAUGUCUCAAGUAAAGUUUUGGAUCGCUAUAUUGAUGGCGAGCAGGAGCUUGAGAGGAGUAAGCCCAAAAGCAAUACUUUUCAAAGAAAUUUUGCUGGGAAUGGAAAUUUUGGUGGAAGGCUUCCCCCACGAAUUCAAUAUACAAACCCUGCAUCACCAACAGAUGGUGUCAAAGAUAAACCCAGGUCUCACUCAUUUAGGGAAGCUAAAGGUACCCGCCAUCAUUUUUCUUCCAAAGAAUGGGUAGACAAUGGAUUUGGUCAUGAAUCUCCACGGAGACUUGCAAAGAAUGUUAUCGCAAGACUCUCUCAAACUCAUUCUUCUCAUAAAUCAAGUUUGAAGGAGUUUAAUUACGAUGUGCCAAUCACAAUUGAAGAUAUCUAUGGUGGCGCAUUGAAUAAAUGCUUUGAUUCAAAUGUAGAUGUUCCUUCCCGAAAAAGUUACUCUGCGGAGGAACCGUAUGAAAUCAGUCAUGGUUAUCACACAGAUGAUUUCGCAGGCUCUCAGAAACAACUGGGAAACAAUUUUGUGGAUUUGAACUCUGUUCAAACUGAGGAUGCAGUAGAUGCAGAAUUACAACAAAGAUCUAAAGAAGCUGAGGAGAGGGUUUUGCUUCUUUCUGAAGAACUCGAUCAAGAAUGCUUUCUUCCAGAUAGUGGAUUUGAUGUGCCGUCAUUGAUUCAUGCCAUUAGGAACUUGACGGAGAAUAAGCUAAGCUUGGCAAUUGAAGUUUCCGGCCUUCUAGUGUCCCGAAUUUCUGAGAGAGAUACUUAUAAAGAAGAACUUAGUUUGGCAAAGUCAGAAUUGGAGUCGCAGACCAAAAGACUAGAGAAGGAGAAGAGUGAGUUGCAGACAGCACUGGAAAAAGAGUUGGAUAGAAGAUCGAGUGACUGGUCAUCAAAGCUUGAGAAGUACCAAUUAGAAGAGAAGAGGCUUCGUGAGCGUGUCAGAGAGCUUGCAGAGCAGAAUGUUUCCCUUCAGAGGGAAGUAUCUUCUUUUAGCGAGAGGGAAACAGAAAGCAGAAGUGUGAUAACAUAUUCAGAGCAGCAACUUGGACACCUGAAUUCAAGGGUGGAAGAGGUGAGCAAAGAAAAUCAUGAUUUAAGAGAAAAUCUUUCUGAAUUACAGGAGAAGCAUGCAGUGGUAGAAGAAGAUCUUAAUUGCAUCAAAAGGAAUUUCAAAGAGAAGGACAAAGAGUGCAAAGAGUUACAGAAGUCCAUUGCUAGAUUGUUGAGAAUGUGCAGUGAACAAGGGAAGACAAUCGAGGGGUUGCGAGAGGCGUUUAGUGAGGAAAUUGAGGAGAAGCAGUCAUUGGACAAAUUUGAAAAGCAUGUGAUGAAAUUGCAAAUGGAGCAAAUGAGGUUAACAGGUGUAGAAUUGGCUUUGAGAAGGGAGGUGGAAUCUCAUAGGAUUGAACUAGAUUCUCUUCGACAAGAGAAUAUCAUUUUAUUGAAUCGUUUAAAAGGCAAAGGGGAAGAGCUUGGUGCUUUAACUUUCAAGCUAGAUAAGGAAAUGUGGACCCGUACAUGCUGCCUGCAAAAUGAAGGGCUAUCAAUGCUGAAGGACAGCACUCACCUUUGCUCCAAGUUAUUGGAAUUAAUCAAAGGGGGAGGAGGAGGAACUAAGCAGGGCUUAGAACUAAGAUGUGGUUUAGAUGGCCAAUUUUUUGUUGAAGCUGACAUAAAAGUUCAAGGCUUUAAGCGUGGAACUGAAAACUUAGCAAGGAGUUUGCAGACUAUAUCUUCUUUGCUGCAAGAGAAGCCCAGUUCAGUUGCUUCGAAAUUUGAGUUGACAUGUGCUAAUGUUGAUGGGUCAGGGAAACCUUAUCAGCAAACUUUGGAAGAUGCCUUAAGAUGUGAGCUUAAAGCAGAAACUUUGCUUACAAGUCUGCUAAGAGAGAAGCUGUACUCUAAAGAGUUGGAAGUUGAGCAGUUGCAGGCUGAACUAGCAGCAGCAGUGAGAGGCAAUGACAUCCUCCGAUCUGAAGUCCAGAAUGCAAUGGACAACCUUUCCUGUGCCAGCCACAAGUUGAAGGACUUUGAACUACAGAUGCAGAAGAAGGAUGAGAAUGUAAGUCGGCUCCGAAGUGACCUCCAAGAAUCACUGAAGGAACUCACAGUAAUAAGGGGUAUUCUACCCAAAGUUUCAGAGGAGAGAGAUUUAAUGUGGGAGGAAGUGAAGCAAUACAAUGAGAAGAAUAUGCUAUUGAAUUCAGAGCUUAACAUCUUGAAGAAGAAGAUAGAGGCACUUGAUGAGGACAUACUUCUCAAAGAAGGUCAAAUUACAAUCCUAAAAGAUACUCUAGGCAGCAAACCUUUCGAUCUCCUUGCCAGCCCUGAUCAUAUGCAAGAAUUUUUGCUAAAAUGAUUGCCAGAGAAAUGAUCUUUUUGAUAGGAUGUGUAAACAGUGUUUAUAGUUUACUAUAAAGUUGUGGUUUCAAGGUUUCUGUAGUUUUAAGUUUUUAACCUUCUUCGUUUUUGGUUUCUUCCUUCUUGGGGGGUGGGUCUUUAAUGGGUAAGAUGGUAUACAGCCUUAAAUACCAUGAUUCUUUUGUACAAGACUUCUGGGUUAUAAUUGUAUUUAGUUGGUUUCUCUGUUCUUCAUGAAUGUUACUAAUAGAUCUUUUCUAUC